AUGAGACCGACUUGGCAAGUGCCAGACAAAGCAGAUGCUAACAAUGCAGCAUACACAACUGAGAGGCUCUGUUUCCACACUGAUUACCCUGUUCUGCAGCAUCCACCCGGGGUUCGAUUUCUUCAUUGUACAAAGCAAACAGCUGCAGGAGGUGACAGUGAAGUUGUAGAUGGAUUUCACUUAUCCAACAAGCUGAAGAAACAAAAUCCUGAGGCAUAUCAGACCCCGUCCUCUACUGCUGUAGACUAUGCUGAUGUUGGGGUGGAUUGCUGUGAUUUUGCCGUGCACUGUAAACAAAGGAUUAUAGACACAGAUUCCAGAGGCCAGGCAAUUUGCAUCAAUUAUAAUAAUGCAACAAGAGACACAGUGUUUGAUAUGCCAGCUGAACAAGUGAGGCCAUUUUAUGCAGCUCUAAAGGAAUUUAAUGAUUUAUUGAACAGCACAGAACACAAGUUUACUUCCAAGAUGAAACCAGAAGAUGUACUGACAUUUGAUAACUGGCGUGUGCUUCAUGGUCGCCAAAGCUACCCAUCCUGUUCAGAAGCGACACGUCACCUGGGAGGUGCCUAUGCAGACUGGGAUGUAGUCAUGGCAAGGCUCCAGCUCCUUAGGAAAAGGGUCCUGAAGAGGGAUUGA